CAGAACGCGCGGGGAGCCGGUAUAUCUGCCGACUACGUCAGUCCGAGUACAACAACACCCCGAGCUGGUCGGCCUGCCAAGAAACAGGACAUACAAGGUACAAAGCAGUCAAGAUGCAUCUGUGUGGAGUGGGAGCCGUGAUGCUGACAGUCCUGCCGAUCCUCCAGCUGUACGGACAGACGGCACCGGCCUGUCCAACACAGUGCACCUGUCAGGCGGACGGACUCGUCAGCUGCGUCGGGCGGCAACUUGAGGGCGUACCGACCAACAUCUCUCCGGACACCCGGACCUUGGACUUACGAAACACCGGGCUCAGCAGGAUACCGGGACUGUCCUUCAACCAAGUACCCGACCUCGAGGUGUUGAGACUGGAUGACAACAAGCUGGAAUCUGACACGGUCGCCAUGUUCGGGUUUGUCGGUCUCCAGAAGUUACAAGGACUUUUUUUGUCAGGGAAUCAGUUAACUCAUAGUUUCCUACUGAGGCAAUCCUACUACAUUCCCCGAAGCCUGAGGAACCUGGAUCUAUCUCGGAACCCGCUGUUAGACGUCCGAGAGAGAACCUUUUACUUUUUGCAGAACCUUGAACGGUUAUACCUUAGUGACUGUAAGAUCAACUUCCUCCGUAGUGAGGCGUUCGUCGGGCUGUUUAGUCUGCAUGAUCUUCAUCUCGAGGAUAACCUGUUCACGCGGGUACCGACGACGGCCUUUAACAAAGUCCCUAACCUGCGGCGGUUGUUUAUGAACGGUAACCCGGUACACACGCUUUCCGCCACCGACCUCACAGAACUGCCAAACCUUCAGUUACUUGACUUCCGGAUGGCAAACAUAUCCAGGAUAGAUGAAGCUACCUUCAACAAAACGCCCCGGCUUCAAACCCUGCUCUUGACUGGGAACAGGAACCUCGUCUCUGUGGGCAAAGAUAUUUUUGCCAACUUGACCGAGCUGUCGCAUCUAGAGCUCGCUGACUGCGCUUUCCGUUCGGCCGGCACAUACAUCCUAACAUCUCUGAAGUCUCUUACUACGUUGACUAUUGACGGAAACCCGUUCGCGUGCGGGCCGAGCAUGUGCGGAUUCAGGACCUGGCUGGAUACCACCGACGUCAACGUCCUUCAGAGGUACGACAUCAGGUGCGCCAGCCCCGCAUACCUGCAGAACGUGCCCGUGCUGAACGCCAGCAUAGCCUACCUGUGUGAGGGGGAACGUCUGAGUGAGUACUACACGAGUUUGGCCCAGUCCGCGAUAGAGAAGUGUCCGUUUAGUUGUUUCUGUAACACCACCAUGGUUGAGUGUCCCGAUGCUAAUCUGAGGAAGAUGCCUACGUCAUUUCCGCCUCAGAUCAACAAGCUCGUCAUGAGAGGAAACGCCCUGACGACAAUAGAGAAAAAGACACUUGAAAAGGUUCGGUACGUCACGUGGUUAGACCUAAGCGCCAACAACUUCACAUCCGACAGUUUUGAUGAUGGACGUCUGACGAUGUUGCCGUUCAUAAAAUACUUAAAUCUGUCCAGCAACAUGCUGUCCAACUACCUACUUGCCGAACAGAUGCCUACAAGUACCAAACUCGAAGAGCUGGACAUGUCCAAUAACCCCCUUGGAAACAUCCGCGCAGGGAAUUUUCGGCUGUUAGGACUGUUACGGAAACUGCACUUGAACAGUGUAGGGAUGACGGAACUGACAAGCUUCUCGUUCAUGGGGCUCUUCAGUGUACAGGAACUUCACCUUGCCAACAACAGACUCAGGGCAUUGCCGAUAAAGGGGUUUCGCUUCGUCGGAAUGGUGAAGAAGUUAGUCCUCCGCGGGAACCCGCUUACACAGCUGACCGACGGGUCGUUUCUCGGGAUGCCCCAGCUUACCUACCUGGACGUGAGGAACGCGCGGCUCCUCAACAUCCAACACAACACCUUUAAGUACACUCCGUACCUUACCGAGCUGCUGCUGGGCGGUAACAAGAAUCUAUCCUACAUCAGCCCGGUGACGUUUUCCGCCAUGCCCAAUGUCCAAGUCAUCGACCUGAGCGGCUGUAGUUUCAGAAGUCUGUCCAACGACACCCUGCCGCGGCUGCCUAGACUCCGGGCGGCAAGUCUUCACAACAACCCCUGGCACUGCGACGGGGGUCUGUGCUGGCUGAAGAAGAUGGCGCUGGACCGUGUCGUCUACCUGGCCUAUCUCCAUCAGAUGACGUGUGUGACUCCGCGCUAUGUUGCCGGGGACACCAUACGAGAUGUUGACAACCAGUUCAUCUGUCCCAGAAAGUCUCAGGUGCCUGUGGUCAUCACCAAUCUCAUCGAGGAUUCCAUCUUCAUUCCUCAAAUCCCAGAAGUCAGCGACGAUAACAUCUGCCCCGCGGAGUGUCAGUGUUACAAAAUUGAGAAGCGGGUAGACUGUAGUCACGCUAACCUCCGGUCUGUGCCUGCACCAUUGCCUCCGUACACUGUACAUCUCAACCUGGCCAACAAUUACAUCAAGAACAUUACCGACACGGACUUUCCAAACUUGAAGAACAUUCAAGUUAUCGACCUUCGGAAUAAUCUGAUUUCCAAUCAGGGAAUUUCUAAAGGAGCGUUCAAGGGUUUGGACACUGUACGGAUCCUUCACUUCUCAGAUAACAAGCUGUCAGAAAUUCCGCCACAGUUGAGUCGGCUAGCUUACAGUUUACGGAUGUUGGACCUCUCGGGAAACACCAUACAAGCACUUGAACCAGGAACGUUCAAAAGUUUCCGGACCCUUCGUGACCUGGUAUUGUCAGACGUCGGUCUGAACACCAUUAAACGCAACGCGUUUGAUGGGCUAAAGAAGCUGCUUAUACUUUCCAUUGCCUAUAACAACUUGACGACUAUUCCAGAGGAACUGGGCAGACUACCAAACCUGGCUGAGCUCCAUGUUCGCGGCAACUCGAUCCGGACUUUGGAGCGGACUUCUCUUAGAGGACUUACCAGCCUUGAAUUCCUCGACUUGAGUGAUCUCGGGCUUAGAGUGUUGGAGCCGGGGGCUUUCGAAAACUUGCCCGUGUUGGAUACCCUGGUUCUCUCAGACAAUAGCGGGAUGUACCAUCUAUACACUGACGUGUUCCGAGGCUUACAAAGUCUGCGGACGUUACGAAUGACUGACUGUGGUCUGAGAACGGUGGACCGCAGAGUGCUGUCCUACAUGCCGGCUCUGACGUCGGUGGUUCUUCACGGGAAUCCGCUGGAGUGCAGCACUGAUUUCUGCAUACUAAUCCAGUGGCUUCGCACCAGAGGUAUCAUCGUUGAAAACGAUGGGGAAGUACGAUGUACAAAGUGGUCUCAGACAAGUACAGAGGUUUAUGUCAUUAAUGACGACGGCUUUCAGUCGUUUUGUGAAAGUGCCUGUGGCGAGUGUACGGGGAUUUCCACCACACCCGUGCCCACAACAAGACCCCAUCAGAGCACCUACGCCACGGCGACACUGCUGCCAAGGACGGAGAGAACAGAUGAUGUGAUGUCCACCCUUCCGAGUGUAACGUGGUUCUCAAGCACCAGGGCACCGCAGGCUCCGGUAACUCCGUCGGCGGUGAUCAAGGACGCACAGACCACUGACUACCCAACAACAGUACACAUGGAGACCACACCAGUCCCUAAACCUCCACUUACCAUUACCGGAGCUACUGUACAGCACAGAGAAAAAACUGCCGACGUCAAGAAGCUACCGCUGCAUCCAAACAUCGAUAAAAUAGGCAGUGGCGUCGAGAAAUACAAUCUACCCUCGGAGAAAGAGAAGAAUCUUCAUGGUUCUGAAAAACCGCAAAAGAGUGGGGAUUGUAAGAACUGUGUUCCCCUGACUACAGCGAGCGGGAGGAUCCCGUUCUUGUCGACAGGUCGGGGAGUGGACAAAGGCCGGGAGUCGGAGAACACACCUCGGACGGAGAAAGUGUUUCUGGCCUCUCUGAGCGGCAACAUUGAACCUUCUCCUCCUCGUCCCAUCGAGCCGGCUGACAUGGUCAACAACUCCAAAAACAAACCUUUCUUCUCGAACGAAGGGUUCUCUGUGGAGGGUGAGGAAACGGUUCUUCAGUGGUCGGAUAGUUCUACUACAACUACACCCACCAGGCCGGGACCAACACCUCGCCCCACGAGACGGCGUCCCGUAAUCACAGUCCCGAACAGGCGGGUCCAGCAAACAGUCAGACCAACGCAAGGGAAGCACAGAGAUGUCCCCAGCAGUCACACGAAGAACAAGCAGUCCAAAUUUACACUAGUAGUUGAACAAGUUCCAACGAGUACAGAAAAGUCAACCGAUCAUGCGGUGAGUUCACAGGAAGAAAGUUCCGGGGCGAUCCCAGCAAAUCGUUCAUCCCCGAAGACUUCGAACGAAGUCAUUGAUAACGUUUCGAGUGAAGGAGGGAAAGAAGUUCCCAACACCAUAACGCCUGACGUAGGAACCCCCAAAAAACGAAUUUUGUUCAGCGAUGUUGAAGGUGACCUACAAAAUAACCGUGAGAACAGUAAUAUCGGUAAAAUCCCACCGAGAGGAAGUUUCAAACAACCCAUUGCCACGACGCCAGCAGUCGUUGAUGCGAUCCCCAGUAUGUCCACCACUGGACGGAAAGAAGGGAAGUCAUUUCAGCACCUGCCCACUUCAGCCUACGUCAUGACGGCGCCAUUUUCUCCCAUCAUGCCCUCCGAGUGUCCAACCGGAUGUGGAUGUUACGAAGAGUUGGUACGCUGCAGUGACAUCGGUUUAACAAAAGUACCGAGACUUUCUCAUCCACGACUAGAAAACUACUUACUCAGCAAUAAUCGCAUCAGUCGCGUCCCGCCAAACAGUUUCUUGUGGGUGCCAUCGUUAAGAAGUUUGCAUCUUGACAACUGUCGUCUAGUGGAUGAUGGCAUCGUGGAAGAGUCAUUUUCUGGCCUGCGACAUUUGAAGUACCUCCACCUGACCAAAAACAGACUCACUAGAGUACCGACAACUUUACCGAGAUCAUUGGAGUACCUUUACUUGGACAGCAACGAAAUAACCACCGUUGGGGGAAAAACAUUCCAAGAAUUGCCAAACUUACGAAGUCUGUAUCUCCAGGACAACAACCUGACUAGUGAAAGUCUUCACCCAGCAGCGUUCGCGUCACUCGUCAACCUAACGUCAAUAUAUCUUCAAGGAAACAAGCUGGAGAAACUACAAGUCAUCUUCCCGCCUAGUUUGGAGGUCUUACGUUUGGGACACAACGGAAUAAAGGAGAUCUCUCCUAAGACCUUCCUCUACCUGCCUCACCUUCAACAACUCUUCCUUUCCGAAAACACACUAGAAGCCCUCCCCCGCGGACUCUUCAGUGGACUCCUAAGUCUGCAGCAUCUGCAUCUGGCUAACAAUAAGUUAGUCACCGUGCCGGCUGAUCUCCCGAAAGGUCUCAUCCAUCUGAACCUGGCCGGUAACGCCAUUUCUGCCAUCCCCGGGAGCAUAUUUUUCCGCCUCCAGAUGCUAGUAGCACUCAACCUUUCUAACAAUAACCUCUACGACGACCGAAUCGUGGAUCUGGAUUUCGGGUAUCUGAAGCAUUUACACCAGCUCCAGCUUGCCGGAAACCAUCUGACGUCUGUCCCCGGAAAUCUGCCCAAGUCUCUCCGGUAUCUUGACCUCAAGGGUAACCUUCUCUCCGAGAAAACCGCCAACGUCGAGAAUCUCAAAGGCAGCGUGGGCCUGAAGUAUUUGAAUCUUGCGGAGAAUUACUUCAGGGAGAUUCCGACGCCCCUGCCCCCUUCCCUGGAGUCACUACAUCUCAACAACAAUCUUAUCAUCAAAAUUACUCCCAAGGUGUUUUCUCAAACCCCGCGUCUCAAGACGUUAAACCUACGGGGGAACAUGCUCGGAGACGGAGGUGUGAGUCGGGACAGUUUCUUUGGGACCACAAACCUGGCUUACUUGGACUUGUCAGACAAUCACCUCAACACUAGCCUACAGCACCUACCGAGCAGAGUCCAGUAUCUUAUCCUAUAGAAUUACAAACCUGCAGCUGGCGAAACAUGCGUUUGAUAAUGAACCAGAAUGAACUUGAGGAAAGUUAGAAAGAUGGAUAUUUAGAACUCGUUCAAGGCAGGGUUCGCGAAUCCGGACUGACCCAGUCACAUGGUUGAUCCAGAUUCGCGAACCCUGGUUUGAGAUUUCCGAAUCCGGCUGGGAUUCAUGCUGGGAUUCUUUACUUGUAUUAAUAUUGUAACUUCUAGUCCUGUGAAAUGAAAGUAUACAUUAUUUAAGUUGUCUAGAUUACAUAGUUAAUGAGAAAGGCUCCUGAUCGUUAUUAUUAGGACUGAAAUGACUGGUUUGAAUGUUCUAGAAUUGUCUGUAACUAGACCUCAGGAUUUGGCUUGAAUUAGCGAGGGAAAUUACUGGUUGUGUUAUGGGGAUUACUGGAUUAGCUGUCUCCUGUGUGUUUACAGACGACAUAUGGGACCCAGCAGGGAGUGGGUUUGUUACGGGACCUCUGCAUGAUGUAGCAUCUAUCAGGCCUCGGCUGGAAAGAGUAGAAAUUGACCAUGGCCAAAUAGAUGACAUGCCAGGGUAGUUGGUCCGCUAAAGGAGUACAACUCCCGUCAUAUCUGUCUAUCCGACCAAUUUCUAAUCUUCCCAGCCGCUUCCGAAGACAGAUAGAGACUACCGCUGAUGCCUCAUUACUGGGAUGUGUUUACAAGUCCUUCUGACUUGAAUGUCAAGUAAUAGAUCUCUCGAUUUUCAAUAUUAA